AUGCAAAGGAGGAGAAGACUUCACACAAUUUUACAAACUUAUCAUUUCACUAACUGGAUUUGCCUGAAACCGAAGGUUUCUUCCCCUUCUCCCUUCAUUUUUAAGGGGGAGUUUCUCUUCAGGAAGAGAAGCUUUUCCAUUUUUUCAAGGCUGGUAGAAUGGUCCUCCCUGUAUGGGAGUAACAAGGGUGUUGAUCUCACCAGGGAGGGUACGCAGAGAGGCGAAACAGAAAAAGUUAUAACCCCCAAUGGGCAGGCACCUUUAGAUAGCGGUAAUACACAGAGGCACGACUCCCCUCCGCAGCUGUGCGAAAACACCCAGUGCUGCCACACUUCUGAGGUGAAGGUGAGCCAAGGAUUUGCUAACGAUCUCACUGGGGGGAUAUGUAGCCCGAUAGAGGCGGAUCUGCACAUACACCGGAAUGUAGACUCAGGAGUUAUUGCUAAGAUGGGAGAAUCGGCCGCGAAGACCGCUCCCUUGGAACCAAGCGAGAGUACUAACGACAGUGUAAUUGGAGAAAAAAAAACCAAAAAAAAGAAAAAAAAUGCACCAAGGGAAAAGGGCAAAAAGGAAAGACCGAAAGGUGAUGGGACGAAGCGCGAGGGGGGGACGCUCAGGGGAGACCCCCCCAAGUGCAUCCCUCCAGUGGAGGAACAGGAACAAAAAAAAAAAAAUCAAAAUGGGAAGAAAAAUAGAAAGCAAAAUGGAACGCAGAAUGGGACGAAAAAUGGAACGCAAAACGAGAUGCAGAAUGGGAAGCAAAAGAAGAAGCAAAAGAAAAGAAAAAAAACAAAAGAAAACUGUCAGAAUGACGAAAUGGAGGUCACCCCCCCAAGCGAGAACGAACGGACGAUCCAGAAAAGCACUGGAAACGCCUCCGAUAAGGCAACCCAAGAGAACGAAGGCGACAAAUGCAUCAGCAAAAAGUUCAGUAAGGAAGAUUACUACAAACAAUUUGAAUUGAUAAGUAAAAACAGUAAUAUCAUCAUGGAGAAAAUAAACGGAGUGACGGACAUCUCCACCUUUGUCCACAAACACAUAGCGUCACUACAUUUUGGAAACAUUUACGCAUACAACAAUUUACUUUACGAAAUAUACGACAAAUUUGUAGAUGGGGACAUUAAGAAGGUGAAAAAAUUAAUAAAGAAUUAUAGCAAAUUGAUAAAGAAAAAUCUUCAACGAAAAAUAAAAUACUUUGAGGCGUUUCACGAAAUGUGUCCACAGGAGUACAGCCAUGUGUUGACUUGUCUGUUUAUUCAAUCGAUUGACAUAUUAAAGGAUGAAGAUAUCAGCCACACGUUUAAUUAUGACAAGGUCAUAUGUACCAGUAAGGAUACUGAAGGGGGGGGAACAGAGAUUCCUGGGGAGGAGCAGGAGGAGGAAGAAGAAGAGGCGGCCUUCUCAAAUUUGGAAAGAAAUGUUGACAGGGGAGAGGUGAAGAAUGGCACGACGCCCUGCGUGGAGAAUGGCAACAGCGACGGGGAAGCGGUUGGCAGCCUGGGUGGUAACGCCGGUGCCCACUCUGGCCAAGGGGAAAGGGGGGGGAAGAAGCCCCCACGCGCGCUUCCCCAGCAGAGGCAGUUCAGCCCUAGUAGCAAGAUUGUGUACGAAAUGGAUGUGCACUUCGACGAGGGAGAAGCGGAAGAAGUGACCUGCCCGGGCGAAACCAACCGCCCCCGCGACGAUGACGAGGCGAGCACCAGCGCGCACAGCAUCAACGAAAACAACUUCAUCAUUGUGUACGACCUGCCCAUGAUCAACUACGAGCUGCUAAGAGUGGAGCUAAAAGAAGCCUUCUCCUUCUGCGGAGAAAUAAAGAGCAUGGAAUUUUUCAGUGACCGUCUUAAAACGGUAGACAUAAACGCACUAAAUGAUGAAGAAGAAAUAGACAGUUCGAAAAGUGUGCGAUCUGGUAAGAGUAAGAAGAUUGGAAACACGCCCAAUGGAAAUGCAAAGGGGGGAAAGAGCAACAAACCUAAAUGCACUAAUGGGAACAGAAUUCAUAAUUCAUUUAACCUGAAUAGCUACACAAAACUGUACGCCAUUAUAGAAUUUUUUGAGGAAAAAUCUGCAACCCUAGCCACCAGCGAAUUUUUGAGGAUUUUUGGCAUUUUCUGUUUCAACAAAUUAGUCUAUGUAGAUAAAUGUGUAAAUAAAAACAUCAUGAUCAUAACGCACCUUCCUUUUCAUUUGAAUAUUUACAAUAUAUUUUACUUGCUAUUAAAUGCCUCUUUAUUCAAAUUCGAUGUUCUGAGUGGAGUGGGAGAAGGGGAAGGUGCUCCGAAAUUAGGCGUCUCCAAGGGUGGAAACUGCGGUGAGGAGGAUCAGCCAAUCGGCCAAAGUAAUCACCCAAGAGUAAUUUCAGAUGGUCGCAAACCAAUUUCUGGGCAGAAAAGGAAGAGAAGGUGUGAAAUUAGACUCCGAAACAGCAACAUGCGUAUUGAAAGCUGCGAUUCGAUUUUUGGUGAAGCACAUGGAAUGGGAAGCCGAGAUGUGUACGAUUAUAUAUGCGAAAUUUCUAAAAAGAACUUUCUACAGUUUAAGAAGAAGAAAAACAUAAAAUUGGAAGCAUGGACAAAUGAUGAUAACAAUGGCACGGAGGAAAAGAACAACAACUUCGAGUCAUUUGCCGAUUUUUAUCAAAAUCAAAAUAAAAAAAUGAAGACGAGAAAGGUGAAUGUCCAUAACAAUGGACGAAUUUUAAUUCUCCACUUUGACAGCUUUAAAUAUCUGUAUGAUUGCUUGAAAAAGUUUAAGCAUAUUUUCGGUAAAAAAAAUCAUAUGAUUUUUUCGGUCAACUUGAGGAGGUGCAUUUAUCGGAAUGGCGCAAUCAGGGACUGUGUGCAGGUUAAAGAUGGCAGGAUUGGGAGGGGCCUUAAUGUGGAGGCCUAG